CCCAACAGCGGCCCCGGCCCGGGCGCGGCGAGGGGGCGACUGGCGACCGCUGGCGCGCUCCCGGCCGCCGCGGCCGUAGCACCCUUGGGUGUCGGGCCGCCCCGCGCGUGACAGCAGGGCGCUGCUGCCCAGGACGAUGGUGGCGGAAAAGGAGACCCUGAGCCUCGGCCAGCGCCCCGACAAGAUGCCCAAGAGGACCAAGCUGCUGGCGCCGCAGUCGCUGCCCGGGCACCAGCCCCGCUCCCUGGUCUCCGAGGGCUUCACAGUCAAAGCCAUGAUGAAAAACUCCGUCGUGAGAGGCCCCCCGGCUGCAGGGGCGUUUAAAGAAAGACCCACCAAGCCCACUGCCUUCCGAAAAUUUUACGAGCGUGGAGACUUCCCCAUCGCCCUGGAGCACGAUUCCAAGGGCAACAAGAUCGCCUGGAAGGUGGAGAUCGAGAAACUGGACUACCACCACUACCUGCCUCUGUUCUUCGACGGGCUCUGUGAAAUGACGUUCCCCUACGAGUUCUUUGCUCGACAAGGCAUCCAUGACAUGCUGGAGCACGGGGGGAACAAGAUCCUGCCCGUCAUCCCGCAGCUCAUCAUCCCCAUCAAAAAUGCGCUGAACCUCCGGAACCGGCAGGUGAUCUGCGUCACCCUCAAGGUCCUCCAGCAUCUGGUGGUGUCCGCGGAGAUGGUGGGUGAAGCCUUGGUGCCCUAUUACCGUCAAAUCCUCCCCAUCCUGAACAUCUUUAAGAAUAUGAACGUGAAUUCCGGAGAUGGGAUUGACUACAGCCAGCAGAAGAGGGAGAACAUCGGCGACCUGAUCCAGGAGACGCUGGAGGCCUUCGAGCGCUACGGAGGGGAGGAUGCCUUCAUCAACAUCAAGUACAUGGUCCCAACCUACGAGUCGUGUUUGCUGAACUAACGUGGCCCCAGCCUGGCGUGAGAGCAAGGCCACCUGCAUGCCCCGGUCAUCUGUGUCUCAUUGUUUGUGACUUCUUCCAUGGCUUUCGUUUCUCCAGCUGCCGAAAUCGUGGCCCCUGGACCAUUGGCCUGAUAGCCCAAUUGAGAACAAGGCUUUCCAAAUCCAUAAAUAGUGCCUGUUUCUUAGAUUACAAUAGUGUACUGUGCUUAUUUGUUCUCAGAGAAGAAUUGCUUCUCUAUGUGGCUCACACAGACGCAGGAGACCCAGUUCAACCUUCAGUUGUAUAGACAAUAAAACUCUAAUUUUCAU